UUUGAUGUUUGGUUAUGCAACAGACGAGACAGAGGAGUGCAUGCCUUUAACUAUUGUGCUUGCUCACAAACUUAAUGCAAAGUUAGCAGAGUUAAGGCGCAAUGGGGAACUGCCAUGGCUCCGACCAGACUCCAAAACUCAGGUAACUGUGAAGUACAUCCAAAGGAACUGAGCAGUGAUCCCCGUACGUGUGCACACCAUUGUUAUAUCUGUGCAGCAUGAUGAGACUAUCUCUCUGCCCGACAUGCGGGAGUCAUUAAAGGAUAAAGUCAUAAAGGCUGUAGUGCCAUCUAAAUAUUUGGAUGAGAAAACCAUUUACCACUUGCAACCCAGUGGCCGAUUUGUUAUUGGAGGACCACAGGGUGAUGCUGGUGUCACUGGGCGAAAAAUUAUUGUGGACACUUAUGGUGGAUGGGGUGCCCAUGGGGGAGGUGCAUUUUCAGGAAAAGACUACACUAAGGUGGAUCGAUCAGCUGCUUAUGCUGCACGUUGGGUUGCAAAAUCAUUAGUGCACGCCAAGCUUUGUCAUCGUGUCCUAGUUCAGGUAUCUUAUGCUAUCGGAGUGGCAGCUCCAUUGUCCGUUUCCCUUUUUACGUAUGGAACAUCUGAAAAAACUGAAAAGGAAUUACUAGAUAUUGUGAAUCACAAUUUUGAUCUACGACCUGGAGUCAUUGUGAGGGACCUUGACUUGAAAAGACCAAUCUACCAAAACACUGCAUGCUAUGGCCACUUUGGAAGGGAUGAAUUCUCUUGGGAAUUUCCAAAGGAGCUGAUUUUUUAACAGUGGCAACACUGUCACAAGGGCAUUGGUUACAAUAAAUAUUUUCACUCAGAAAUUCCUCAGUGAGUGGGAUCAUGAAGGGACUUUCAAAAGUGUGGUGGUUAGUAGCUCACAACAUCGAAACGGAAAUCUAUUGAACCAGAGUUAUAAAUGUAUAUCCAUGUCUUAAUAUAUAGACUUCUGUGCUGGGAAAUUGAUAUAUGUUUUAAUUGAUGCUGAUUUGAGAAGAGCAAUAUCACAGAUGUUGCAACAGGACACAAAACAAUACACUAAAGGAAACA